AUGGCCGACGCUCCUGAUGCCGGCAUGGACGCCGUCCAGCGCCGCCUCAUGUUCGAAGACGAAUGUAUUCUGGUGGAUGAGAAUGAUCGUGUUGUUGGUCACGAUACCAAAUACAACUGUCACUUGAUGGAAAAGAUUGAAUCUGAAAAUUUACUUCACAGAGCUUUCAGCGUCUUUUUGUUUAACUCAAAGAAUGAGUUGCUUCUUCAGCAACGUUCUGCAACAAAGGUGACAUUCCCACUUGUGUGGACAAACACCUGUUGUAGCCAUCCACUGUACCGUGAAUCUGAGCUUAUUGAUGAGGAUUCUCUUGGGGUAAGAAAUGCUGCUCAAAGGAAGCUUUUGGAUGAAUUGGGUAUCCCUGCUGAAGAUGUGCCGGUUGAUCAGUUCAUCCCUUUGGGUCGGAUUUUGUACAAGGCACCUUCUGACGGCAAGUGGGGAGAACACGAACUUGAUUACCUUCUCUUCACGGUCCGAGAUGUUAAUGUGCAUCCAAACCCUGAUGAAGUAGCUGAUAUCAAAUACGUAAAUCAGGAGCAGCUGAAGGAGCUGCUGAGGAAGGCAGAUGCUGGGGAGGAAGGUCUGAAGCUGUCCCCUUGGUUCAGACUCGUCGUGGACAACUUCUUGUUCAAAUGGUGGGACAAUGUUGAGAAAGGCACCGUCAAGGAAGCCGCUGACAUGAAAACCAUCCACAGGUUGACUUAA